UCUAACAGAAACACAAGUCUGAUCGUUUUGUUCCCGUUCUCCUGAAAUUUUUCCUCAUCCAGGAAUUUUCAGUAUUGUUAAUCGGGGUAUGUCGAUGCCUUUUUCUGCUUUCUUCAUGACGGUUAAGUUGCCGUAACGUUUACGUCGAACGGGAGAAAUUUGGUUACUGCAGUCCAGAAAAAUUCGGCGCCGUCACCUGAGUCUCUGUUCGAUGCUUACUGAGUUACCAUGUUAUAACUGAGACGCGAAUGCGAGCGCCGUAUUUUUUUCGUUUUUGCGUUGUUUUUCUGAUUGAUGAAUUUUCCCUCAUCCGCAGUAGUUCCAUCAUGGAGCCACCACAUUCCUCAGAAUCUUGGGACGUUUCCGCGACGGAGCCCAGCCUCCCCCCGGCCGCCCCCAACGACCCCCCGCACCCCUACCUGCGCCGCGUCUACCACCCCACGGAUCCCGCCCUCCAGGCUGAACUCCUAGCCAUCUCGCAGCUGCCGCCCGUCCUGCAGACGGCCCGCGCCUUCUUGGCCACCUACUGCAGUCCGCCCUCGCUGCGCUUCUUCCUUCUGCGCCGUCUGCCGGUCAUUCAGGGGGUGCCCAUCAGCGACCGCCUGCUGACGGAGAACAAUCCGGGCGGCGGCUUCCUGCCGGAGUAUCCCGAGUUGUUCAUCGUGGUGGAUGAGCCCGAGAGUUUCCUGGUGGAGGAGAUGGAGAAGUACCUGAGCGGACAGUCGCGGGUGGGCCUGGCCUUCGUCUGGUUGGAUGUUAAGGGCGUCACACCGGUGUGCGCGAUUGUGUCCAGCGAGAACUUGACGGUGGUGUUCGAUGCGACGCGCUUAUCGCUGACCCGCCUGCUGCUGUUUCUGCGCCAGCUCCUGCAGAAUCCGGAGGUCGUCAAGGUGGUCAACGGUUGGCCGGCACAGCUGCGUGGUCUGGAGCAUUUCUACACCGUCCGCCCGCGGAAUGUCCACGAUGUCAGCGUGGUGGAGGCCGCCUGGGACGGCGGGCAGCGGCGCGGCAUGUACAGCAUGACCGCCUUCCAGGCGCGCUACCGCAACGGCAGCCGGUGGUUUCAGCGCGGUGGCGAGCAGUUCUUCGCGGCGCCGCUGCAGCUGCAGGUGCCGGGAAAACGGGGUAUCGCCGAGUGGAGCGAGGCCCAGUUUGAAGCCCUGUUAAAACAGGUGAUCUUUCUGCAGCUGGUGCGGAAACUGCAGAUCCAGCGCAGCCUGACGAGAGCCAUCCGCUGUAUGGAGAUCGCGCUGCGAGACGUAUACAAAUCGCGGGAGUGGGAGGUGGACACCGCGAAGGACGACUGGCAGGACGACCCGGAGAGCAACACGGUGCACGUCAGCAAGAACGACACCGCCGCCCUCCCGGCCAUCUUCCUCAAUAAGGACGCCGCCGAGUCCAGCAGCAGUGAACGGGACGCCGCUACGGACGACGAUGAUGCCGAUGAACCGGAGUCGGAAAGCGAAUUUUACUACUAACCGAAUUCUUGCCUUCCUCUUGGUAAAUGGAUUCUCAUUUAUUUUCUAAAGCAUUUACCUCAUAUUUUCUCUCAUUUGUUUAUGCAUUUUCGACACGGUACGCAUUGUGAUUGAUCUGCACUCAGAGAAUAGAAAUUACGUUUGAUUGGAAAAGUGGUGCAGCGGCUUUUUGGAUGAUGGCGAUGUCUUCUCUUCUGUCUUCUGCUCAGCUCUUAACUGUUCCGCGUCAUCAGUCAUUAAUGACCGGCUAAUUAAAAACAAGCCAGUUG